AUGGCAUACAAUAAGUUAACAUCCCUUUUCCUACUAUCUCUUUUCCUCAUUGCAACAACUAGUCCAUUAGCCCAUGGAGUCCUUAUCAAUGGCCAAAAUGUGAUUGGACUAAGGGUACGUGGCCUUUUGGUUUGUUCAGCAACAGGCAAUCCACCUGGCCCUGGCAUUGCUGGUGUAAACGUCAAGAUUUCAUGCAAUGGUGGUUCAACAAGCCUUGUCCAAGUUCUAACUGAUGCUAAUGGCUACUUUCAAACUAUAAUCACUGCAUUAGAUGGCAUCCUCUUUGAUCAAACUACAACACCAUGCCAAGUUAUAAUUGAUACUCCAAUUGCUAGUUGUUCACUUUUGGCUUCAACUGGAACACUUAGGGCUCCUAUUACCCUUGUUGGUACCCUUAUACAAACUUUGCUUGGUCUUGUUGCUGAUGCUACUUGCGGUGCAUUUCACUUAGUUCCUAUUGCAUAA